UAGAUCCUUAAUUUCUCUCUAAGACAACUCACUCUCGAAACACCCAUACCACGAGCAAGAUGAAACAAUUAGCCUUUAACAAAAUUUCAGGUUCCUCGUCGUCUAACAAGAAGCUCUUCUGGCCUCUCUUUGCUACUUUGCUUCUUGUGGUCGCCGCCAUUGUGGUUGUGGGCGUAUCAGUAAGUUCCCGUGGCAAGAACGAUAAUAUUGCCUACUUCUCUUCAUCCCACGUGAUCAUCAAAAGCGCUUGCAGCAGCACUCUGUACCCAGAUUUGUGCUUGUCAACACUAUUAGCCUCCUCCAACUCUGACUCUCAGAAAGUAGUUUCCGGUCACAAAGAUGUGAUAGAGUUGUCCUUGAACAUCACCACUGGAAUUGUUCAGCGCAAUUACUUCACGGUGGAGAGGCUGCUCUUAGAAAGAAAGGGCGCCGGCCACACGCUCACCAAGAGGCAGAAAACCGCUCUCCACGAUUGCCUGGAAACCAUUGAUGAGACCCUCGACGAGCUGAGCAAGGCCAAGGAUGAUCUCAUACAUUCUGAUCUGUCUCUGUCUCGCCACACUGAUCAUCUCAAGACUCUGAUCAGCUCCGCCAUAACUAACCAAGCUACUUGCUUGGAUGGUUUCUCCCACGACGUAGCUGACAAGAACCUCAGGAAGUAUCUGGAGGAAGGAGAAUUGCAUGCGGAGCGCAUGUGCAGCAACGCACUGGCAAUGACCAACAACCUCACUGAUGAGAUCAACAACAGCAGGAGGAAACUGAUGUAUAUGUCCAUAGAUCAGCUGGAGGAUAAGGAGGAUGGGAUGAUGAUCAGGUGGCCCGAAUGGAUUUCUGCCACCGACAGACGGCUUCUGCAAGCGGGCACGGUGACUCCUGAUGUGGUGGUAGCGGCAGAUGGCAGCGGGAAGUUCAAGACGGUGUCAGAGGCGGUGGCUGCAGCUCCUGAGAAGAGUAGCAAGAGAUACAUUAUUAAGAUAAAAGCAGGAGUCUACAGAGAGAAUGUGGAUGUGCCGAAGAAGAAGACUAAUAUCAUGUUCGUUGGUGAUGGGAGGACCAACACUAUCAUCACGGCAAGUAGAAAUGUUGUUGAUGGCAGCACCACCUUCAACUCUGCCACCGUCGCCGUGGUGGGUGAAGGAUUCUUGGCGCGAGACAUUACCUUUCAAAACACAGCAGGUCCCUCAAAGCACCAAGCAGUGGCCCUUCGAGUGGGGGCAGAUCUCUCAGCCUUCUACUUGUGCGACUUCCUUGCGUACCAAGACACCCUCUACGUUCACAGCAAUCGGCAGUUCUUUGUGAAAUGUUUAAUAGCUGGCACUGUUGACUUCAUCUUUGGGAACUCAGCUGUUGUGUUCCAAGACUGUGACAUCCAUGCCAGGCGUCCCAACUCAGGCCAGAACAUGGUCACUGCACAAGGACGCCUUGAUCCUAACCAAAACACAGGCAUUGUCAUCCAAAAGUGUAGGAUUGGUGCCACCAAGGAUUUGGAAGCCGUUAAGAGCAGCUUCCCCACGUUCCUUGGGAGGCCAUGGAAGGACUACUCUAGGACUGUUAUCAUGCAAUCUUCCAUAACUGAUGUCAUUGACCCUGCUGGCUGGCACGAGUGGAAUGGCAAUUUUGCUCUCAAUACCUUGUUUUAUGGGGAGUAUCUCAACACUGGGCCAGGUGCUGCCACCUCCCGAAGGGUUAACUGGAAAGGGUUUAAGGUCAUCACCAGUGCUUCCGAGGCCCAGGCUUUUACUCCAGCUAAUUUCAUUGCAGGUUCUACCUGGUUGUCCUCCACUGGAUUCCCAUUCUCUCUUGGUCUUUAAUUAAGUUGUGCGCAUAUAUAUGUACUUAUAUUUAACUCUAGGCUAUGGCUAUCCCAAUUCCAUCUAUAUUUGCUGUCAUGUAUGGACAAGGGCAAUGUAGCCGUUGCUUUUGAAGAGGUUUCUUAUAAAUUUGUUUAAAUUUGAAUGUUAUUUAUUCA